AAAAUGCCACUGUUAUCUCUUUCGGAUGUAAAUAAAACCAAAAAUUUAGGUUGUUUGGUGAACUUGUGAAGCGAAAAAAUUUAGUCGUCUGCAGAGUUUGUGAAUAUUCACGCGGAUUAUUCCGUGGUCUUUUAUUAAUUUUUAUAUUAUUCACAAAAAUGGAUCGCGAUACGGAAAUAAUAAAGAAUGGAAAUUGCAUUUCGGAUGAGGAUGCAAAAAAUACAAGUUUUGUAAGCAAAGUCAUCGAUUUCCGAGAAAGGCAUAAAAAAGUUAUCAAUCAAGUGCUAUUUGGACUGUUUAAUAUUGCAGCAGUGAUUUAUUUGAUAAUUGCAUCACAAUCGAAAUAUAAUGAUUAUUGCAUUGAAGAAACGUGUCGUGAUCAAUAUUGUCAGAGAUUUGGGAUUUUAGUGAUAAUAUAUUUCGUUUAUUUUAUUUGUUUGUUUCAUAUUUAUUUGGUGAAACCCUUUUUGAGGGAAUGGAUAAAAAAUUUUGGGAAAAAAUUGAUGGAAAAACAUGGAAAGUGGAUUAAAAUUGUUGGCAUCACAUUUUUCAUCUCAACCAAAAUUCUGCUCAUAAUUUACAUGUUGGUGAGUGAAAUUGCCGGAGAUUACUCCAGAUUACAAUCUUUGCUUGGAAUCCCGAUCAUCAUCAUCGUUGCUGUGAUAUUCUCAAACAGUCGAAGCCGCAUCAAUUGGAGAGUUGUGACCCGUGGAUUGUUCCUGCAACUCAUCAUCGCGUUAUUUACUCUGAAACAGCGACACGUUCGAAAUUUCGUUUAUUGCCUCAGUAAUCGCUUCUUGGCAUUCCGUUUACUCUCUCUGAAUGGCGCAAAAUUCGUUUUUGGCGAAUUUCUCCUCGAACAGGAACAAACAUUCGCCUUUUACGCGUUGACUUCGCUAUUUUUCGUGAGUCUCGUUGUUGGCAUCUUCUAUUAUUUGGGAUGGAUUCAGAAUUUCUUGUACAAAAUGGGACAAGUUGCGAAAGCUUUGAUCCACACGACGUACAUCGAGAGCAUGUUUGCCUUUGUUCGACUUUAUUUCGGGGCGAUGGAGUCUGUUCUUUUCGUGCAACCCUUUUUACAACACGUGACAACGAGUGAACUUCACGCAAUGCUCACAGCUGCCUUCGCUUCUUGUGCGAUUUCGAGCGCAAAUUUGUACAUUUCACUCGGCGCCCAACCAAUUCACUUGAUCACAGCGAACGUAAUGUCAGGAUUUGCGGGUCUUGGAAUGUCAAAAAUUGUGUAUCCAGAAACGGAAGAUACGACGCUCAAAGGAAAAUUCAUCAAAAAUUACAAAGAUCAAAGCGAUUCGUGGUUGGAUGCGGGAACAAAAGGAAUUUCGACAGCUUUGAAGAUUUUUGGGAACGUUGUUGCUUACGUGAUUGCUUUUAUCGCCGCCGUAAGUUUCUUAAAUGCAGUUUUAGCGUUCUUUGGAGACUUUUUGAUGAUGGAUUUCAAACUCGAGUACAUCUUGGAGUACAUUUUCAUGCCGAUUUGUUGGUUAAUUGGCAUCCCAUGGAGCGAUGCAGGGAACAUAAGUGCUGUUUUUGGCAUAAAAUAUGUCAAUAAUGAACUUUUAGCGUAUAAAAAAUUAAUGGAAAUGUUGGGAAAGGGAGUUAUUGAGCCUCGUUCAGCUGCAAUAGCAACAUUUGUCUUGAGUACUUUUGCGAAUCCAACUGCUGUGGCGAUCGUUAUUGCAACUUUUGUCGCUGUAAUGCCAGAAAAUCGUAAAAUUGUGAUAAAACUGAUAAGAAGUUCGUUGUUAACGGCUGUAGGAACUUCUUUGAUGACAGCUUCAGUUGCUGCGUUUUUGAUGAAUGCAGAUAUUUACGAAUUUAGUGAAUUAAGUAAUAAUGGGACAAAGUUAAAUAUACAUUAUGUUUAA